ACAAAGGAAGUGUGUUCUGUUUCUUAGUAAAAUAACUUGUUUGUUUGAGUUUUGUAUUUAAUGGCAGUCGUCGUCUCCGUUCAUCGUCUUUCCGCAACCCACUUGAUCUCUGAAAACUCUAAACCUCCUAAACUUCACUUGAAAUUCAAUACGCCUCGCCUGAGCUUUCAUCAUUUUCCUCAGACAAACAAGCACCAGCUCCGUUGCUUAUCUGCGAAAUCGACACCUUCGAGUCCAGACCCUGACUCUCCUCAAGAUGGUGAAGAGCAGGAGAGUGUGGGAGUCAAAGCAGCUUUAGCAAUGCUGAGAUUCUACAAGAGGGAGAUAUCGCCGGUGUUACCUAGAAGCUGCCGUUACGUUCCAACUUGCAGCGAGUACUCUAUGGAAGCUUACAAAAAAUAUGGAGUUCUCAAAGGCACUGUUCUCACCACUUGGCGUCUCUGCCGCUGCAAUCCUCUUGGUGGAUCUGGAUUCGAUCCUCCAAGAUGGUUUGGUGAGAGUGUGAUCACUCCCCAGGCAGAAGAAGAAGAAGAUAGCUAUAGCAAUGAGGAUGAAAGAGAGAUUUGAAUGAAAUAUAAAAGAACAAUAGAAGUUGUAAACUUUGAGAAGAGCUAGCAUAGUUUGUUGUAACUACGAGAGAAUAAGAAUUACAACAUUUGUAAUCAAAAAUAUUUGAUCUUUUGGAGCGAUUCAUUGAGUAGACAAA